AUGGGGGAUGAAAAUGGAAGUAGAAUUUUGGCACAGUUUAAAAGUGAAACAGGAGAAUGUGCCGGAACGCCAUUUGAUUUACCUGUGGACCUAACAACUGAUAAACUCCAACUGAUCUGCAAUGCUAUAUUGCAACCGGAAGAGACCACACCUUAUGCAUUUUUCAUAAAGGAUUCAGAAAUUACCGAGACCGUUGAGAAAGCAUUAAGUCAAAAAGACAUUCAUGACACAGAACACGUUGUGGAUAUUGUGUACCAACCCUUGGCCGUGUUUCGAGUGCGAGCUGUGACCCGAUGUACAAGUACCCUUGUGGGUCACACAGAAGCUGUUCUUUCUGUGUCCUUCAGUCGUGAUGGAAGGUAUUUAGCAAGUGGUUCUGGUGAUACAACUGUUCGCUUUUGGGAUGUCAAUACAGAAACUCCACAGUUUGUAGGGAAAGCACAUAAACACUGGAUUCUGUGCAUCGAAUGGUCACCAAAUGGGAUGAAGUUGGCAUCUGGCUGUAAAAAAAGUGAGGUUAUCAUAUGGGACCCAGAAACAGGAAAGCAAAUUGGGCGCACAUUGUCUGGUCACAAACAGUGGAUUACAUGCUUAGUCUGGAAACCUUUACAUCUAGAUCCUGAAAGCCGAUAUUUAGCCAGUGCUUCAAAGGAUGCCACCAUCCGAAUCUGGGACACAUUACUGAGUCAAUGCAAAUUAACACUAAGCAGCCAUCUUCAGUCUAUCACGUGUGUUAAAUGGAGUGGAGAGAAUCUCAUCUUUUCUUCAUCUCAAGAUCGUACAAUUAAAGUCUGGAACCCUGAUGAAGGUUCUUUAAAAAGAACAUUACAAGGUCAUGGUCACUGGGUGAACACAAUGGCAAUGAACACUGAUUAUGUGUUACGGACGGCAGCUUUUAACCCCAAAGAUGCAACUUUUUUUCCUGAAGAAAUCAAAGAAUCACCUGAAGAAUUAGCCCAAAAAGCUCUUAAAAGAUACAAAUCUGUGAAGGGAUCCAGUCCUGAGAAAUUAGUGUCAGGAUCCGAUGAUUUUACUCUGUACAUGUGGCAGCCAGAAGUCGACUCAAAGCCGAUCAACAGAAUGACAGGUCACCAGCAGUUGAUCAACCAGGUGUGCUUCUCACCAGACGCUCGGACAAUUGCCAGCUGUUCCUUUGACAAAUCGGUCAAGUUAUGGGAUGGCAAGACAGGAAAGUUCAUAACAACAUUACGCGGUCAUGUGUCUCGAGUCUACCAAGUGGCCUGGUCAGCUGAUAGCCGCCUUCUCUGUAGUAGCAGUGCUGAUUCCACACUCAAACUCUGGGACAUGCAAACAAAGAAACUCUUAUUCGACCUCCCUGGACAUGCCGAUGAAGUUUAUGCACUUGAUUGGAGCCCAGAUGGACAAAGAGUUGCCAGUGGCGGAAAGGAUAAAGUAUUAAAGAUGUAA